AUGCUUGACACUGUACAGGUUUUAGUGGGAGGAUACUUGGACGAUGGAAGUGUAGAACGUCUCGAUCCUGCAAAAGCAGACGCAGUAUGGGAGGAUGUCGCUCCGAUGAGUACUCCAAGACAUGGAGCCGGUGUUGCAGUUCUCGACAACUUGCUUUAUGCUGUUGGUGGUCAUGAUGAGAGCAUCCAUUUGAGCAGUGUUGAGAGGUUAGAUCCACGAGUUGGCAAAUGGGAAGACGUUUGUCCAAUGUUGAGACCACGAACUCAUCCUGGAACUGCAGUAUUCGACGGUCAUUUGUACGCAACAGGAGGAAAGGGAGCAUCGUCAUCGUCAUUUGAGAGGUACAGCCCUCGCGCCAAUAAAUGGAUUAAGAUACCGGCUAUGAAGACGAACAGGAAUAUUCAUAUCGAAGAACAUCUGGGAUGGCAGUGGCCUCGACGGUCAUCUGUAAGUCGCAGAGAGGAUAUGAUGGCCUCAUCCAGAUUAGUCGUUCGAUUUGAAAAUAUUGACCCUGUCAAGAAUUAA